AUGAACCAGCUGGGGAAGAGACAAGGGGGGAAAAAACCCCAACGACCUGACAAUCCGAGAGGGUGGGAGGGUCUCAGAACUCAGCGACCGGAGCUUUAUCAAGAUCCAAAGAGGAGUGCGAGACUGAUGCCAGAGUCUAGUGCUUUCAAUCCCACGGUAGGAGCUAGCACUGCCCGCUGCCUACUGAAUGAGCGCUUAAGGAGGCGCUUAACCCGCUCACUGCGGGUUCGCUGGGCGGCUCGCCUUCUCUGCGCUGAGUUAACACAAUGUUCUUCCCACUCCACUAGGAAGGAGAGCUCUGAUGUGAUCUGUUUGCUUCAGGUCUACAGAUGGGUUGACCAUCCCAACAUGGUGCUCCAGAGACUGAAUGAGCAGAGGCACCGAGGUCUCUUCUGCGACAUAGUAUUAGUUGCCGAUGAACAGAGAGUCCCGGCCCACCGGAAUCUCCUGGCUGUAUGCAGCGACUACUUCAACUCCAUGUUCACCAUUGGUAUGCGUGAAGCCUACCAGAAGGAAGUGGAACUGGUUGGAGCCUCCUACAUUGGCCUCCGAACCGUCAUUGACUUUCUCUAUGGCAGCGAGCUUUCUUUAGAUGGUGGGAACAUCGACUAUGUCUUAGAGACCGCUCACCUUCUGCAGAUCUGGAAGGUGGUUGAUUUCUGCUGUGAGUAUCUGGAAAAUGAGGUGAGCGAGGAGAAUUAUUUGUACCUGCAAGAAUUAGCAUCCAUCUACAGUCUGAAGCGCCUGGACUCUUACAUCGACUCCUUCAUCCUGCGUAACUUUGGGACAUUGUCCUUCACCCCAGACUUUCUGCAGAACGUUUCCCUCCAGAAACUCUGCCAGUACCUGGGCAGCAGCCUGGUCCAGAGAGAGUGUGAGCAUGACCUGCUCCAGGCAGCCCUCCAGUGGCUGACCCAGUAUCCUGAGCGGGAGGCAGAUGCCUUCCAGGUGCUAGAAAACAUCCAUUUCCCACUGAUCCCCAAGAGUGACCUCCUGCACCGGGUCAAGCCUGCCGUCUGCUCACUGUUGCCCAAGGAGGCGAACUGCGAGGGCUUCAUCGAGGAAGCUGUUGCCUACCACAAUAACGUCGCUGCCCAGCCGGUGCUGCAGAACAAACGCACGUCCCUGCGAACCAAUGAGGAGCGGCUCCUGUUCGUGGGUGGGGAGGUGUCAGAGCGCUGCCUGGAGCUCAGUGAUGACACGUGCUUUCUGGAUGCCAAAAAUGACCAGUGGGUCAUGGAGACACCUCUCCCGGCCCGGAGGAGCCACCACUGCGUGGCUGUGUUGGGGGGCUUCAUUUUUAUAGCAGGAGGCAGCUUCUCGAGGGACAAUGGAGGGGACGCGGCCUCAAAUCUUCUCUAUAGAUAUGAUCCCCGCUGGAACCAGUGGAUAAAGGUGGCUUCCAUGAACCAGCGUCGAGUGGAUUUCUACCUGGCCUCCAUUUCAGACAUGCUGGUAGCUGUAGGUGGGAGAAACGAAAACGGGGCACUUUCUUCCGUGGAAGCAUAUAGCCCGAAGAACGAUUCCUGGUCUUAUGUGGCAGGUUUGCCAAGAUUUACAUAUGGCCACGCAGGCACCAUCUAUAAAGACUUUGUUUAUAUCUCUGGAGGACACGAUUACCAAAUUGGCCCUUAUCGGAAGAAUCUCCUCUGCUAUGACCACCGUACCGAUGUGUGGGAAGAGAAGAGGCCGAUGAUCACGGCCCGAGGUUGGCACAGUAUGUGCAGCUUGGAGGACAGCAUCUACUCCAUCGGAGGCAGCGACGACAAUAUCGAAUCCAUGGAACGCUUUGACAUCCUGAGUGUGGAAUCUUACAGUCCCCAGUGUAACCAGUGGACACGAGUGUCUCCUUUGCUGCAGGCCAACAGUGAGUCUGGUGUGGCCGUGUGGGAAGGGAAGAUCUAUAUCCUUGGGGGCUACAGCUGGGAAGACACCACCUUCUCCAAAACAGUACAGGUGUACGACCGGGAAAAGAACAAGUGGAUCAAAGGGACUGACCUCCCUAAAGCCAUCGCAGGAGUCUCUGCCUGUGUUUGCGCCCUGAAGCCCAGACCAGAAGACAAAAAAAAAAAACCGAAAACUAAGAGGCAUCAAGAUCGAGGUCGAUGACUGAGCUGGGAUGACCCUAUUCUUGAUAACUGUCAUCUCCAUGAAUGUCUUAUUUAAUGGCAAUUUUUUUUUCCUAGCACUUUGGAGACAGAAGCCCAGAUGCUAAGACAUCUGGAACUUGGGGCAGAAUCCUCAGGCACAGUUUAGUGAGUCACAAGAGUGAAAAGUGCUAUUACAGUUUUAAGUUAGAAAUGUAUAUUAGGUAACAUUUAGCUACAACUUAUCACUUUUAUGUUACCGG